AUGACUCAUCACCUCGAACAACAUUCCAACCAUUCCAAUUCAGCUGGUGGCAGUUGUUGUAGUGAUUUAUUCAACCUCACGGAGCCACCCACACUCAUCAUUCGACCCACCAGCAAGGCAUCUCCAAAACAAUUGUCGAGUGUUCAUGUUCCCAACAACAACAACAACAACAACAACAACAACAGCUCGACCACACUUUCCACCUCAUCGCCCAACCCGUUAUUGGAGGAAUUGAAUGGACUCGUGAAUGAAUUGAAUAAACAUCAUCAUCAUCAGGACGAAGAUGACUUGUUGCAACUUCAACAGUUGAACAACAUGACACCCGCAACAGCCACCACUCCAACCACAGCUCUCUUGAAUCAACUCAGCUCUUUUAUGAAUGCCACUACUCAUGGAAGUCAUCCUACGAAUGAAGAUGGUGGUGAUGAUCAUUCUCCUACCAUUACUACUACAGCAGAAACAACAACAAGGACGACUGCGAAUUCUACUACCACCACCACUCCGACGACCACUUUCAACGCUGAAAGCACGAAUUUACUGUUUCUCUCCACCCCAUCAUUCACCCCAUCAUUCACCCCAACAUUCACUCCAAGUACUCCUUCAGGUGGAUUUGGAUUGGGUUCGAAUAACAAUGAUAUUGUUCCUAACACAAAUAUGUCUCAUCAUCACCAACAUCAUCAUCAUUUAUUUGACAAACAAGUGGAUCGAAUCAAAACAAGUUCGAGUUUCUCCCUAUUCUUGACCAGUGUCAAUACACCCACAAGUGUGAGUGGAUUAUUGACCUCCUCUCCAGAUGAUUUCUUUACAAACCAUUCGUCCACAAAUAACGGAAAUGUCAUUCCUUGGUUGCAACACGAUCACUCCUCACAAGCUGCAACAGCAAUCUCACAUCCUGAGGAUGAUGUAUUUGAAUGUGAGACUCAAGCUCCCUAUCAAGUCAUUCAAAAUAACAUGCAAAUGGUCGAGUCAUUGACUGAAAUGUCAGCACUCUCAUCAUCAUCGCUACAAAACGCGAAUCUAAUGAUGCAACAUGGUAGCAAUAUUGGAAUGACUACUGCUUCGAAUCCUCUCAUCCUUUCAAGUGGCAGUGUCAUUUCCACUCCACAACAAGCUUAUACGACUUCUAUGUCCACCACCACCAUCUUCAAUCCAUCCAUGACAUGUUGUUCCCAUCCCAUGAUGAUUUCCACGACCACUGCUUCAACAAACAGUGCAAGUUCCAACAACAACACCAAUGGUGCUUCCAUUCUGGGAGUGUUAUUAAGUGCCAAAAAGACGAGUCCACCAAAUCCAAUGGUUGCACCAUCGUCGACACUACUCCAUCAUGUGCCAGCUUCUGCCAAUAUCAUGAUGGCAGCAUCCUCCAUGGCGCUCAAUAAUAACAAUACAAGUACUACUACUUCUCCUCCUCAACAAACAAAUGCCACUAUGAUGGCUUCUGUAUUGAUGAAUCAGCAACUCUCACCACGAGGAGGUGCCAUUCCUUCCACCAAUAGUAAUAGUACUUGUGGUUUGCAACAACAACAACAAGUGAUGGGAUCAUCUUCUCCAUCACAUCUUAUGCCAUCAACAACACAACAAUUUCAUGUCUUACCUCCUUCUACCUCAACUGCUUCGAAUCUUGUUUCCACCACUCCUCAUGUGCAUUCUUCAACCCCUGCUGCCAAUAAGAAGAAUUCAUCACAUCAUUCGAACAUGGAUACUCUCUCCACAAAUACCUCUAGUGCUCAAUCAUCGACUACCACUAAGGGAUUCUUCAACACCAAACUCAAUCCAGCAAACUUUUAUUAUGGAACAGCUGGAUUUUUAAAAUUCCACGAUUAUUCGAAGAAAAUCACAAAAAAGUCGAACAGAAUUCAAAAAUCGAACAAGAUGAAAAACACCCUUUCUACCAAUAAUAGUGCAGUUCAAGGAGCCAAUGUUCCAAUCGAGCAAGGCGAAAACACUAAUUCCAUGAUGAUGUGA